AUGACAGGAAGUUCAAAGGAGCUAAUUGAAGAGUUUAAAGGAGGAAUGAAAGAAGCCUUUGAAAUGACUGAUCUUGGAAAAAUGUCAUUUUUCCUUGGUAUGCAGGUGCAACAUGAUAGAGGUGAAGUCUUUGUAAGUCAAGAAAAAUAUGCAAAGGAAAUUCUUAGAAAGUUCAAGACGGAGGAAUGCAAGCCAAUUGCAACGCCAAUGAAUCAAAAGGAGAAAUUCAGCAAUGAAGAUGGAGCUGAAAAAGUUGAUGAAAAACUGCACAUAAGUUUAAUAGGAUGUCUGAUGUAUUUGACUGCAACCAGGCCAGACAUUACUUAUGCAGUAAGCUUGUUGUCACGAUAUAUGCACUGCGCUAGUGAGAUUCAUUUUAAGGCAGCUAAAAGAAUCCUGAGAUAUAUCAAGGGUACUAUUGGUUAUGGAGUGAAGUUUCAGCCAGUAAAAGAGUUCAGUCUUUAUGGAUAUUCAGAUAGUGAUUGGGCUGGGAGUAAUGAUGACAUGAAAAGCACUUCAGACUAUUGUUUCACAUUUGGUUAUGGAGUUUUUUCAUGGCAUUCAAAGAAGUAA